GGCCAUGCAGAAGGCUAAGCACACGGUGGAGUCGGAGUACGCUGUGGUGGGCACCUGGGAAGACACGAAUAUCACUCUCACCGUACUCGAACACUAUAUACCUCGUUAUUUCGCCAAUGCCAAGGUGGCAUAUUAUUUGGGCAAGGAAGGUCUCUCGAAAAUCAAUCGCAAUAAUGUCACUCGCACUGUCAGCGAGGAGACCCGUCAGAUUCUUCGCAAGAAUCUGACAAAUGAGAUCGAGUUCUAUGAAUUCUGCAAACAACGGUUAUAUCUCCAAUAUGCUGCUUUGGGGAAUGGAAAACGCUUUGGCGAGGACGAUUAUCUUCUGGUGCCGGAGCAGCACGGUGGAAAUCAAAUUGAUGACGGGUAUUAGUUCAACAAUAUAUGAAUAAAUAUCUUAGAAAUACUUAAGCGAUUAUGAACUCUUUCUGCUACACGUUGCCGUAUUUUUCGUUUUGGUGUUAAUUUAUGUAGCUUCCUUCUUAAAGUUGGCCGUUGAGUUUAUUUAUCUGCAAUAUUGAGCAAUAUUCUGUUCUUUUCCAUGGAUAUAAUCUAUGAAAUGUGGUGCAAAACUUCCCUUUCAUCUUCCAAUCUUCAAGAAAUUUAUUAAUUUUAGGUGCGCCGUGAAGAUGUCUAAACUAAUUGAUUUGUUGGAAAAUAAUCUAAAGAAAACAAAAUACAAAUGUUCCUCUACAAUAUUAAUUAUAUUUGCUUAA